AGCCUCCAGCCCUCUGAAACAGGUCAGAGUUUGGAAAGGGGAAAUGACAAAGCACUGAACCUGAGAGGAUCUGAUCUGCUGUCACGUACAAAAUGAGACUGAGGCUACAGCAGUGUUUGACUGUCCUGCGUGUGAGGUGAAGCUGCCAGAUCUGGGCCUCAUCAGGGCCAGCUCAGGCCCAGAAUCAGCCUCUCUCUGGGCCACGGCUGUCGGAUGAGGAGGGAGAGCUGGUGAGGGACUAAGGGACAUUUCCUCUGGACACUGAGUAUAAAUGGCUGGUGAUUUCAAAUAUAAACCGGACACCAAAAUGGCCUCAGCUUUGAAGGAAACGCUGAGGAACACCCUCAGCAACCUCAAAGUGACCGACUUUAAGGGGUUUAAGCACUAUCUGCAGGAGAAGAGGCAAAUCACAUGGAAUCAGCUGGAAAAUGCCGACAGAUACGAUGUUGUGGACUUGAUGGUGCAGGUGUACAGCAUGGAAGCUGGGGGCAUCACGGUGACCAUCUUACAGAAGAUGAAGCACAACCAACUGGCCAUGGACUUGGAAAGGGAUCUGGGAAGAUUGAGAGGUGAGCAAUAUUCCCCAGGUCUGGCUGAAGGAGGUGGAGGGAUCAAUGUGGAUGCCCCAGCUUACUCUAGGGGGAUGGAGCAAACCGCAGCCUUGGGUGGAGGAGGCGUUUCUGGGCCACUGAUCGUCCCGAAGUGUUGCAGUGUCCUCUCUCAUCUAGAGAGUGAACAGGCGCAGAGCAAAUCAACGGCCCAAGAACAGAACCAGACCCUCAUGGACAUGCUGGAGAAGAAAGGAGCCGGGGCCCAAGACCGGUCUCAUGACCCUCCUCUGGUGGAAGAUCUUCAGAGGUCAGCUGUGAGCCCAGCAGUGCCUGAGCCUCAACAAGGAGGAGCACAGCGAGUAACAAAAGUAUCACUAAAACUGAAGCUUCAAGAGCAUUUAAGAAAACACUGUGCUGUAAUCCAUCAAGAGUCUGGAGUUUGCACUCUACAAGACAUGUACACUGAGCUGCAUGUUGUAGAGGGCCGCACUGGAGGAGUCAACACUGAACACGAAGUGGCAACAAUUGACAUGAGACAAAUUGGGGCUAGACCAAGCUCUGAAGAUGAACAAGUCAAGCUGGCAGACAUGUUCACAGCCAACUCAGGCACAAGAGUCUUGACUUUGGGAAUUGCUGGUGCGGGGAAAACUGUAGCAGUGAAGAAAUUUGUCAUGGACUGGGCUGAGGGAAAGAAAAAUCAAGACAUAGACUUUGUUUUUGUUUUUUUAUUUCGAGAGCUGAACUUGAAGAAAGAAAAAUGUUUCAACCUUUUGGGUCUUCUUUUGUCAUUCUACCCUGACGUCAAAGGUUUGAAAAAUUUCCCUGGAUUUUUUGAAUGCAAAAUUCUCUUCGUCUUUGACGGUUUUGAUGAAAGCACACUCAAGCUGGACUUUAAGGAGUGGAUCUCUGAACCUGACAAAGAAUCAACAGUGGAAAUUCUCAUAACAAGUCUGAUUAAAGGUAAGCUUCUGUCCUCUGCACUCAUCUGGGUUACAACCAGACCAGCAGCAGCCAGUCUGAUCCCAGAUGAGUGCUUCAACUUGAUAACAGAGGUGCGAGGAUUCAAUGAUGACCAGAUAAUCAAGUUCUUUCAGAAUAACACCAGGAGUCCCGAAAAGGCCAAGUGUCUCACUGAUCAUAUCAAAAAGAACAGAAGCCUCCACAUCAUGUGUCACAUACCAGUAUUCUGCCGUAUCAUAGCGAGUGUGCAAUAUGAAAUACUGCGAGAUGAGAGCAAAGGAAAAGCUGCCAUAACGUUGACUGAAAUGUACACACUGUAUAGUGUCUCUCAAAUUAGGAGAAUGAAUGACAAAUUCUUUGAUGGGAAGAUGAAUGCUGAAGAAAAAGGGAAGUUCUUGGUUCUGCUUGGGAAAUUGGCAUUCGAACAUCUGGAGCAAGGCACCCUGAUAUUCUAUGAGAAGGACAUACAAAAGUGUGAUAUUGAUGCAAUUUCCAUAGCAUUACAGGCUGGAGUUUGUACACAGAUAUUCAGCGUUGACGGUGCUGCAACAGGAGAGAAAAUAUUCAGCUUUGUGCACCUAAGUGUACAGGAAUUCUUGGCAGCUCUUUAUUUUCUUCAUGAAAAGUCUCAAAGGACAAGUAACCACCUAGUCAAGACAUUGAUGGAGAAGAUCAGCUGGGGACUCAGACACUCCACGUUUGACCUUUUCAGAUUUGCUGUUGAAAAGGCCGUGGACAGCGAGAAUGGGCAAUUUGACCUUUUUUUGCGCUUCCUCCUCGGCCUGGCUCCAAUGUUGAAACCUGGAAUCCGCUCCUCCCUGCAUGUGUUGCUGCCAGAUUUGUGUGUCAGAGAAGAGAGCAUCAACAAAAUAGUCCAAUACAUUAAAGAGAAGAUCAGGAAGGAAUUCAUCUCAUCAGAACGGAUCAUCAACCUCUUUCACGGUUUGAAUGAGCUUGGAGACAACUCACUGGUUGAUGAAAUUAACAGGUACAUAAACUCAGCAGAUGAGGAGAAGAACCUGACUCCAGCCCAGUGUUCAGCUCUGGCUUAUCUGCUGCUGAUGUCAACUGAGGACUUGGAGAUGUUAGAUCUGAAAAAAUAUCUGAGAUCGGAGGAAGGGCUCCGCCGAAUGCUUCCUGCAGUCAAAGUCUCGACAACAGUUUGGCUAAAUCGGUGUUACCUUUCCAAAGUGAGCUGUCAGCUGUUGGCAUCAGUGCUGCAAAGAACACCUUCACAUCUGAGAGAACUGGACAUGAGUGACAAUGACCUGCAGGAUGAAGGAGUGGAGCUGCUCUGUCUGGGACUAAGAGAUCCACAAUGCAAGCUGGAGACACUGAGGCUUAAUCACUGUGACCUCUCCAAAACAAGCUGUAAAAGCAUGGCAUCAGUGCUGCAAAGGACACCCUCAUAUCUGAGAGAACUUGACAUGAGUGAAAAUGACCUGCAGGAUGAAGGAGUGGAGCUACUCUGUGUGGGACUAAGAGAUCCACAAUGCAAGCUGGAGAUACUGAGGCUCUCUUAUUGUAUUAUCUCCAAGAAGGGUUGUUCUCUCUUGUCCUCUGCCCUCAAAUCAAACCCCUCCUACAUGGAACAGCUAGAUCUGAACUACAAUCACCCAGAAGUCACAGGUGUCAGAGAGCUCACAGACAGAUUGAAUGAUCCCAGCUGUAAACUAAAGUCUUUAAGGUAUGACCAUGGAGGACAAUUCAGGAUUAAGCCAGGACCGAAAAAAUAUGCCUGUGAGCUCACACUGGACCCAAACACAGCUAACAGACAUGUCUCUCUCUCUAAGGGGAACAGAAAGGCGGAUUGGGUGCCUGAAACGCCGUAUCCUGACCAUCCAGAGAGAUUUGACUCCUGUGAACAGGUGCUGUGUAGAGAGGGUCUGUCUGGACGCUGCUACUGGGAGGCUGAGUGGAGUGAUGGUGGGGGUGAGAUAGCAGUGGCCUAUAAAAGCAUGCAGAGGAAAGGGGAGAGUGUUCUGAGCAGCUGGUUUGAACUUGAGAGUGGGACUGCUGACUGUGUGUUUGGACGUAAUGACAAGUCCUGGAGUCUAAAGUGCACUCAUAACAGUUACUCUGCCUGGCACAAUGAUAAGAAGACUGCCAUACCUGCCCCCUCCGACUCCAGCAGAGUAGGAGUGUACCUGGACUGGUCAGCAGGCACUCUGUCCUUCUACAGCGUGUCCUCUGACACACUCACCCACCUGCACACGUUCCACUCCACAUUCACUGAGCCCCUUUAUCCUGGGUUUGGGUUUGGAUUUGACUUUUGGUUUACGGAUUGUAACUUCUCAGUGUUCCUGAGCCAGGUUACAUGACCUCCUAACCCUGCAGAAACAACAAAGUCUGCCAAGAAGUCAUACUCUUGUUCAAAAACAAGAUGGAAAAUAUUGAUAUUGUAUAACAAAAACUGCACUAUGUAUGUUUAGAUGAAAUAUAUAGUUAGGAACAACAUUAUUCAUACACCUGCAAUAUAUUGAUGUUGAUUUUCACUUGACCAAUAUGUUUGUUGUUGAGAAAACCAACAUUAAAUCAAUAUUUGCCAGGGGUAUGGCUAAUUUUCUUCCUAACUGUAUUUGUGAUUAAUUUGGAAUUGUUUAAUAUGUUUAAUAAAACAUUGUGUUAUUCAUACAUUUAAUUAAAAUUAUGACAAGGAAUGGU